AUGAAGAUCGGGAUCGCAGCUACAGCCGCUCGCCCUCACCCCGUGGCCGUGGCCGUGGGCGCUCCCCUCCUCCGCCUCGCAAUGGCAGCGCCGGCGCUCCACCUAGGCAGGUGGUUUGAGACUAUCCCAACCCCCCCUCCUCCCUUGAGUUUUGAGGCGCCUCAAAUUUCUGGUGUUCCACCUAGGGGCCGGAGUGGUAGUGCUGGUGGAGCUGCAGCAGGUGGUGAAGGUGGGCCUAGCAGGCCUUAA